ACACUUCCUUCUUUACCCCCUCACAUUCUCCCCGCUCCAACCUUAUCAACAAAAAAAACAAACCCUAAAAAAAUCAGAUUCAAUCCACCACCAACAAUGGCAUCCCUCACCAUACCAGCCUCCUUCCUCCCCGCCACUCGGCCCUCAUCAAUCAAUCGCCGCCCCUCCGCAUCGGCAAAGACGACCACCACCAUCUGCUCUCAGAAGAAAGCCGCGCCGACUCGCAGCAGCGACCAAUUAGAGUGCAAAGAGAAGGAGACCGUUAACAGCAGGAGAGGAAUGAUACUCGCAGCGGCUGCCGCCAUAUGGGCUGUGAGAUCGCCGGAAAUGAUGGCGGUUGCGGCGGAGGAAGAGGAACCAAAGCCGGGGACUCCGGAGGCUAAGAAGAAGUAUUAUCCAGUGUGCGUUACCAUGCCGACUGCUCGCAUCUGUCAUAAGUGAAUGUGUGGAUUUUAGUUGGUUUAAAAAGGAUUUGAUGAUGAUUGUUAUGUGAUGGUGUUUAGGGUUUAUAUGAUUAUCUGAUCUGUUGUCAUGGAUGUUUUCGAAUUCAAGAGAUCUUAUGGCGUUUUGAUU